AUGAGUAAUGUUUCUGAAGAUUUGAAGAAUAGUGAAGGUAAAAAGAAAAGCAGAGGAGGUAGAUAUCACAACAAUAAGAGCAGAGGCAAAAAUAAGAAUGAGACAAUAGACUCCAAAAAGAACGAAGGAAAGAAUAAUAACAAUAAUGGUACGAAUAACAACAAUAAGGGCCGGAGAAGUAAUAAGAAGAGGAAUAGAGAGCAUCAUAACUACAAGAGGAAGCCUAGAAUGGGCAGGUCAACCGAGAAUGAAGGUUUUAAGCUUGUAAUUAGAUUACUACCUCCAAAUUUGACUGCAAAUGAGUUUUUUACUGUUUUGCGAGAUAAGAAUAAUGACAGUGAUGAUAAGGAAGAUAUCCAGGGUAAAUUUAAAUACAGCGACUGGUGUUUUUUCGAAGGUCAUUAUUCUAGUAAAGUAUUCAAGAACUCGACAUAUUCUAGAUGCAAUUUACUUUUCGACAACUUACCAGAUUUAGAGAAAUGUGCAACUUUCAUCAAAACUUGCAAGUUCAUUGACAACAAGGAAAAUGUUACGAUUCCAGAUUUGAAACUGUCGCCUUACGUAAAGAAGUUCACACAAACAUCAAAAAAGGACUCUGCACUAGAGGGAACAAUUGAAGAAGAUGAGAUUUUUAAAACGUUCAUGAAUUCAAUGAAACAAUUGAACAAAAAUGACGACUACUCAUUCCAAGAUUUCAGCGUUUUGAAAUCCUUAGAAAAGGAAUAUUCAAAAAGCAUAGAGUUAGAAAAUAAGAUAGCAGAAAGGACAGAAAGGGUAUUGACAGAAUUAGUUGGUAAUGGUGAUAAAGUCAAAAAUAAGAACAAAAAGAAGAAAAGUAAAAAUGCUAAAAAGAAAUUUAAGGAUGAGGAAGGAACCAUUAAGUUACCAAAGAAAAAACGGAACAGAGGUAAAAAGAAGCGUAAUGAUCGCGAUAAAAGUAGUGUUACUAAGACUAAAAAUAGCAACGUGGUUAUUAUCGAGGAAGCAGGUAAAGAAGUGUUAAAACAAAGGAAAAAGAAAAUGCUUUUGCAAGAGAAGUUAAAAAUAUCCAAAUCCUCUCAGCCUCAAUUACCAUCCACUCAGGCUCAGCCGUCGUUCCAACCUAAAGAAAAAUUUUUGGCACCACGAGUAAAAAUUUUGCAUCGGAAGGACAUCAAGAAGUAG